AUGAGUGACAACCCGUUUGAGAACCAAACGGUAGGCAGCAAUUUGGGAACCGGAUCUAAUGAUAAUCUGUUGUCAAAUUCAGAUAUAUUUACCGAGUCCAAUCCAUCGUUGGUCUAUUGCACAAUGUCGAUCCAAGAGACAAUGGAAAAGUUAAACACUAAUGGUACUACAGGUUUAGAUUCGAUUGAGGAAGUUAGUCGUAGAAAGAUUGAGUAUGGUCCAAAUGAAAUUGUGGCAGAGGAUGAUGAAAGCUUAUUCAAAAAAUUUUUCAUGAAUUUCGUUGAGGAUCCAUUGAUUUUAUUAUUGAUAGGUUCUGCAGUGAUUUCCUUUAUUAUGGGCAAUAUUGAUGAUGCCUUGAGUAUCACAAUGGCUAUUGUCAUUGUCGUUACUGUUGGUUUUGUUCAAGAAUAUCGUUCCGAAAAAUCUAUAGAGGCUUUGAAUAAAUUAGUACCUGCUGAGUGCCAUUUAAUUAGAGGUGGUCAGAAUUCAAAGAUUUUGGCUUCAGGUUUAGUUCCAGGUGAUUUAGUUCAUUUCAAAAUCGGUGAUAGAAUCCCAGCUGAUUUAAGAAUCAUAGAACAAGUCGAUUUAUCCAUUGAUGAAAGUAACUUAACAGGUGAAAAUGAGCCUGUUCAUAAAUCAGCAAAACAUGUCAACAAAGACAGUUUUAACGAUCAACCAAACUGUUUCGUGCCAAUCUCAAAUAGAAAUUCAAUCGCGUUUAUGGGCACUCUAGUGAGAGAAGGUCAUGGUAAAGGUAUUGUAAUUGGUACUGGUGCUAAUACAUCCUUUGGGGCAGUCUGUGAAAUGAUGAGUAAUAUCGAAAAGCCAAAGACUCCAUUACAAUUGGCAAUGGAUAAACUAGGUAAAGAUUUAUCUUUCAUGAGUUUUAUUGUCAUCGGUAUCAUUUGUUUGAUCGGUGUUAUCCAAGGUAGAUCGUGGUUAGAAAUGUUCCAAAUUUCGGUGUCUUUAGCUGUUGCAGCUAUUCCUGAGGGUUUACCAAUUAUAGUCACUGUCACUUUAGCUCUUGGUGUCUUAAGAAUGGCUAAACGUAAGGCUAUUAUCAGAAGAUUACCAAGUGUUGAAACUUUAGGUUCUGUUAACAUCAUUUGCUCAGAUAAAACUGGUACUUUAACUUCAAACCAUAUGACAGUCUCGAAGCUUUGGUGUUUAGGAAGUAUGUCAAAUAAAUCAAACAUUUUAUCUUUGGAAAAAAAUAAAGACGGCAACUUGAAGAACUAUCUAACGGAAGAUUUGAAAGCUACUUUAAAGGUCGCUAAUAUUUGUAAUAAUGCUUCAUUUUCUCAGGAACACGGUGCAUUUUUAGGUAACCCAACAGAUAUUGCACUAGUUGAACAAUUAUCUAAGUUUGAGUUAACUGAUAUGAGAUCGUCAAUUAAAAAAACCAGUGAACUCGCCUUCAAUUCAAAGAGGAAAUAUAUGGCCGUCAAAGCCAAAAAUAAUGAAGAUAAAUCUACCAUAUUUGUAAAAGGUGCAUACGAAAAGGUUUUGGAUCAUUCUACUCACUACUUAUCAAAAGCAGGUAAAAUUGAAAAAUUAACCCCAGCUAUGAAAGAUACCAUUAUUGAAUGUGCUAAUACUUUGGCUUCCGAAGGUUUACGUGUAUUAUCUUUUGCAAGUAUAGAAGUAUCAAACGCAUCAACUCCAGUUACAGAAGCAGACAUUAAAGAUUUGGUAUUUUUUGGUUUAAUCGGUAUGAACGAUCCUCCAAGACCAACAGUUAAGCCAGCUAUUGAGCAAUUAUUGCAAGGUGGUGUUCAUGUCAUUAUGAUCACCGGUGACUCUGAAAAUACUGCUCUAAGUAUUGCCGAAGAAAUAGGUAUACCGAUCAUUAGUCCAGAGGUAUCUAUCUUAACUGGUGACAAGUUGAAUGACAUGAACGAUGACGAAUUAGCUAGUGUUAUUGAUCGUGUUAAUAUUUUUGCUCGUGCAACUCCUGAACAUAAAUUGAAUAUUAUUCGUGCAUUAAGAAAAAGAGGUGAUAUUGUGGCUAUGACUGGUGAUGGUGUUAAUGAUGCACCAGCAUUAAAAUUGGCUGAUAUCGGUAUUGCUAUGGGUAAUAUGGGUACUGAUGUUGCUAAGGAAGCAUCUGAUAUGGUUUUAACUGAUGAUGACUUUAGUACUAUUUUAACUGCUAUUGAAGAAGGUAAAGGUAUCUUUAACAAUAUUCAAAAUUUCUUGACUUUCCAAUUGUCUACUUCUAUCGCUGCAUUGUCAUUGAUUGCCUUAUCCACUGCUUUCAAACUGCCAAAUCCAUUGAAUGCUAUGCAAAUCUUAUGGAUUAACAUAUUGAUGGAUGGUCCUCCAGCCCAAUCAUUAGGUGUUGAACCUGUCGAUAAUGAAGUUAUGAAAAAACCACCAAGAAAGCGUACAGACAAGAUUCUUACUGAUGACGUUUUAAAACGUUUAUUAACCACUGCUGUUUUCAUAAUUUUUGGUACUGUUUACGUGUUUAUUAAAGAAAUGGCUGAAGAUGGGCAAGUUACUUCUAGAGAUACAACGAUGACAUUCACUUGUUUUGUUUUUUUUGAUCUUUUCAACGCUUUAGCUUGUAGACACUCCACUAAGUCUAUUUUUGAACUUGGCUUUUUCAGUAACAAAAUGUUCAAUAUUGCUGUCGGUCUGUCAUUGUUGGGUCAAAUGUGUGCCAUUUAUGUUCCAUUCUUUCAAAGUAUCUUUAAAACAGAAAGCUUAUCAAUUGGUGAUUUAGCUUUCUUAUUGUGUAUUAGUUGUACUGUAUUCAUAGGUGAUGAAUGUAGAAAAUAUUUCUCCAGGAAGAGAUCAUCGAAUGAUCCAUAUUACUACUCAAAUGUUUGA